AGAUGAGAGUCUUCAGAAGCUAAUUGACUAGGGCAGGAUCAGGAAGCCAAAGCACAUCUGUAGAAGGGAGGCGUCUACAAUGGAAGAACAGAAGGAAAAUGAGCUAGAUUACGAGUAAGUAACAGCGACUACGAAAGGCGGCAUCCAGGCACCAGGUCAGAAAAAAUGGAAAUCUUAAGAUUGGCCCAAUCAAAGAAGAACAUUAUCAGUUUGAACAUGGACCUUGAAAGGGAUAUGCAGAGAAUAGAUGAAGCCAACCAGGAGCUUCUUCUCAAAAUACAAGAAAAAGAAAAUGAAAUCCAGAGGCUGGAAAGUGAGAUCACCCAGACUGGAGACCCUGCAGAAGAUGAGGAUUGGGAGAAGGAAAACUGCGCUGUGAUGGAGAGAGAAAGGGCUCUGCAGGAGCUGGAGGAAGAAACAACCAGACUCGAGAAGAAGAACGAGGCUUUGGUCCACAGUAUCUCAGAACUUCAGAGAAAGCUUACAAGGAAAUCACAGAAGAUAGUCAGAUGUGAACAAGGUGAUCUGGAAAUAACCCCAGAAGAGUCAAAGCAGAUUUUAUUCUGUCUACUGUUUGGAAGAACAGAGCAUAUGUUAAGUUACAACAGUUGGAAUCUUCCUGUGCAGACCAAGAAAAGGAACUUGCCAAGCGGAGAAGAUGGAAGACUCCACUUUGGUUUCCAGAUAAUGGAAGACUAUGUGUUUGUGUCUCAGCUCUGCGAAGAUCAAGCUAUCUGCAUAAAGAAGUACCAGGAAGCAUUGAAGAGGAUAGAAGAAGAGCUGGAGACUGGAUUCCUUGAGAGAGAAGUAUCAAAAGUCUUAAGCAUGGAUUCUGAGAGAGAAAAGAGUAACAGCCUAAAUAAUAAGGAUGAUUCCAUCACCAAAAAGGCAUCAAGGUUCAGUAAAAGGAUUUUCCGCUCCCUCUUUUUUACCACACUAUUUUUCAUCAGAUUGCUGGGGUACCUGAUCUUCCAUUUAAGCUUUAUAAAUCCCGACCUCCUCAUCAACGCGCUGCCCAAGAUUCUGAGCAGGGACGUCUUAUGGAAGCUGCGAUGCUUCCUCUUCCCAUCUCUCACACUUGAGACCGAAGACAUGUUACCCCACUGACCCCAAGCCGUGUCUGUCGUCAGCAGAAGGCAAGAGGGACAUCGAUGGGAGGUGGCCAAACCCGUGGAGGGUAGAGGUAUGCCUCGGUUUUUCCCUCGAGAUUGGGACCAUGGUGCCCAUUUGUCUCCAUGUCACUUUUCCAAGAUUAACCUUGCCCAGUAAAGAACUCUGUCAGUGA